GCAACGAUGUUCUCCAGAAGGCGCCUGAGAAUAAUCUGUUCAUCCGAUGAGGAAGACGAUGAAGAAGACGUACUAGAAGUUCAACCACCUCUUCCACAACACCAUGAUAACGAUUGCGAAACACUCAAUUUUCAAGAUGUAACCCUAAGUUCCUCAAACUCUAACCCUACCAAUCAAUCUGAUUGCAUCCAAGUCGAGAUAUCUGACGAAGAUUUCGUCGAUGCGUACGAAGAUCUCUUACCUUCUCCCCAGCCUCCGCCUUCGGACCAGACUGUUCAUUCUACAGAUUAUUCUAGAACUAGCAGUGUUGGUAUGGGUGAAGUCUCUGAUAGUCCUAUUAGUAGGAUUCUGGAAGAUUUAGGGUUGAGAUUACGGAGUGAAUGGUUGGAUUCUUGCCUUCAUGGCCUCCAGACUGUCGUCCCUGGGUUUCCCAGCUUCGAUGCUACAAAAAAGGCUAAGCUAUGCUUUGAGAAGUUUUUGCAUUUUGAUAUGAACAACUGUGGUGCAGGCAUGCUUCCGGAUAACGUGCAUCAAAUGCACCUUGUUGAUCUUCCUGGGCCCUUUGUGUUACAGGUUGACGAGAUAGUCAAUAUUAGUCAACCUCUCCGAGAGCGUUACAAGAAGGCACCUUCUGGCCUGAAGAGAUGCCUUAAAUUGUCUAUGACUGAUGGUGUCCAACAAGUUUUUGGCAUGGAAUACCAGCCUAUUAAAGAUCUAGAUGCUCUUGCUCCUGCUGGACUGAAGGUUGCUAUUUCUAAUGUACAUAUACGACAUGGGCUUCUAAUGCUGGUUCCAGAAGUCUUUCAAGUUUUAGGAGGAUUGGUUGAGGAGCUGGAUGCAGCACGACAAAGGCUUGUUAAUGAAGUCAAUAAGCCUCCAAGGGGCAAAAGAACAAGAACAGGAGUUGUUCCCCCUUUAUCAACUAGAGCUACUCGUGCUGCAUGGCCUGCUGAGGAGAUUCAUGUUUCAAGACCAAUAAAUAACCCUGUCUCUCAAAGGGCAUCUCCAAUGCAGGUAGAUGACCGAGGUGGCACACCUGCUUCUGUUAGUAGAAGAGUGUCAUCAAAUUCUGCAGUUCCUGUUCAUAGAGAACAUGUUGGACAUCACCUGCCAAGAAAUGAAAUAGAAUCUUCCACUCGUAGGGAGAAUAUUGAACCCCUUCCAUCUAAACCUGCAGAACAGAGUUCUGUUUCUAUGGAUAAGGAAACUGAUUCCAUUGCUGUUCCCAUCCCGAGGGGAAGUGUAGAUACGACCCUGUUGAGAGAAGAGCCCACCAUUCCCCUCCACAGGGAACAUGCUGAAUCUUUCCCUUCCCCUAUUGCUGUUACAGAUGAUGGAGAUGGAGAUGCCCAUAUGGCGCCUGCUGAGGAGAAUCAUUCUGCACUUAGUCGUAGCAGUGAAAGCUCUUUUACAUACCUUGCCAGCUUGUCAGUUAAAUGGGCUGCAUCAAAAGAUAAAGCUUCUCACGUUGAGGGUAAAAUUAAGUGUAUCUUGACUGGAGUUAAGGGAUUCCAGUUUAAGGAAAGGAGCACAUAUGAGCUUCAGGUAUAUGUAGAUGAUGGUAGCCUGAUAUCCGAGAUCCUUGUUGAUCACAAUGUUGUACAAAGGAAGAUAGGUUAUUCUCCCGAGGAGGUAAAUGCUGCUCUGUCUUCUUCAAACCCAUCGAGGGUUCAGGAUAUGAAGGAUACAAUGAAGCAGUUCAGAGUUUUUUUGGUGAACUUUGAGGGGAUGAUGCUUGUACGGAUAAACGAAGCCUCUACUCUUCCAGUUGCCACAGAAAUGCACCAGGGUUGUCCACCAUCUGAUGCAUGGUUGCUUCUUAGUAGACUAAAGUCAAGUGAUGAUGAUCAAGCACCUCAAGGUCGACAGUUAGAUCCAAUUAAUCUAUCCCCGUAAACUGAUCCUGGAAGUUGAAACUGAAACAAGACAACUGUGAGCCUUUGCAAGCAAUCAUGGCAGACAGUAGUGAUCUCUUGCAAUGGCAAUCGAGGCAGCAUAGUUUCUUCUUGCAAACAUCAAAACUAUAAGGUACUUUGACACCUUUGUUUGUUGGUUCUGUUUUCUUUGAUCUUUUAUGGGCUUCUGCAAUUUAUUAUUCGAAGAUGCCGGCUGAUCCCCAACUUGGGUGUCGAUAUUCUUGUACAUAUCACAACAAAUUGUUUUCGAGUAUUUCACUUUUCACUCCCAUUAGAGUAGUUAACAUUUGUUCAUUGAAUUUUGAAU